UCUCGGCUCCAACGUGUGACUCCAUUACUCUGGAUCCGGUCAUGAAAUCCUCCGACAUAAGGACGGUGAUUCUGCUGCUCGCCGCGGUCAUUCCGAUGGCCGAAGGUUGUCUCAAGCAGCAGGUGUGGCAGUCAGGUCCACAGACGGUGGAUCGUGGGUCAUCGCUGAAGCUGAACUGCUCCUUCUCUCUGAGUCUUCAACUGCAGAAGCCGUCACUGACCUGGAUUAAAAUAGAUGAGAAUGAGAGAGAGACCAGAAUCUACCCAAGCGACAGAUCCUCGGACUCGGCUCGAUUUCUUGUGAACUCUGAGGGCUUCAGGAUUUCCAGGGAUGCAGGGAUACUACUGAGUGACCUGAGAGGAAGGGACUCCGGGCUGUACGUGUGCUCAGUCACCGUCCACCAAACUGGCCAGGAAUGUAGAGCAGGUGGCACACAUCUCACAGUGCGAGUCACACUAUUUGACACACUGAUUGCUUGCUGUCCUUUGGGGGUUCUCAUUGCCGCCCUGCUGGUCUUGCAUUGUAUGGUAUACAAGCAGUGGAUGGAGUACAAGAAAGAUCACAACCGAAUUGGAAAUGCAUUCAACUGGAGGAUGUGCAGCAUCCAUAUCCCACGUGUCUCAUUUGACUUUAUAGAAUUUUUCUCUAUGCUGUAGUUUUAUUGAUUGACAACAACCACGGAUGCCACAUCAGGAAAUAUAUGUAUAGUUCAUACUGCUUGGCCUUUUAGAUGUAUAUUAG